AUGGCUUCCAUUACUCAACAAACUUCCAAUCAAACUAUUUCUCCAUGGGCAAAACAUGAUGAUCACGAUACUCAUAAACUCCUACACUACGCGAAUUCAAGAAUGGAAGCCGAACUCAAGCUGCUGCGUCUACGGUUACUCAUUCCAAUGUCUGAUUUCAAAGGAAGAAUCAACACCCCAAUUUUUCUUGAGGAAUUAUCAUCCAAUGCAUCUAGUUCGUCUUCUCUUUCUACUUUUCCUGCUGUUACUGGAUCGGCUGCCACGAAUAGUAUGGUAAAACGCUAUGCAGAUACAAUAGCCACAGGAAAUGGAGCAAGCAAUAUUGCAAUUACUCAUCAACCUAAUAACGUUACUAUAAAUGCGAUAUCAAGCCCCGUGGAAAAUAUUCGACCGUAG